AUGGCCGCCUCAACAAUGGCUCUCUCCUCCCCUGCCUUCGCCGGAAAGGCCGUCAAGCUUUCCCCAGCAGCAUCAGAAGUCCUUGGAAGCGGCCGUGUGACAAUGAGGAAGACCGUAGCCAAGCCAAAGGGCCCAUCAGGCAGCCCAUGGUACGGAUCCGAGAGAGUCAAGUACUUGGGCCCAUUCUCCGGCGAGCCACCGAGCUACCUUACCGGAGAGUUCCCCGGAGACUACGGAUGGGACACCGCAGGUCUCUCAGCCGAUCCCGAGACGUUCGCGAGGAACCGUGAGCUAGAAGUUAUCCACUGCAGGUGGGCCAUGCUCGGAGCCCUAGGCUGCGUCUUCCCGGAGCUGUUGGCCAGGAACGGAGUCAAGUUCGGAGAGGCGGUUUGGUUCAAGGCCGGUUCGCAGAUCUUCAGCGAAGGAGGACUUGAUUACUUGGGAAACCCUAGCUUGGUUCACGCUCAGAGCAUCUUGGCUAUUUGGGCUACUCAAGUGAUCUUGAUGGGAGCCGUUGAAGGUUACAGAGUCGCAGGAGAUGGGCCGUUGGGAGAGGCCGAGGACUUGCUUUACCCAGGUGGCAGCUUUGACCCGUUGGGUUUGGCUACUGACCCAGAGGCCUUCGCGGAGUUGAAGGUGAAGGAGAUCAAGAACGGAAGAUUGGCUAUGUUCUCUAUGUUUGGAUUCUUUGUUCAAGCUAUUGUCACUGGUAAGGGACCUUUGGAGAAUCUUGCUGACCAUUUGGCUGAUCCAGUUAACAACAAUGCAUGGGCCUUUGCUACCAACUUCGUUCCCGGAAAGUGA